AUGCCACGGACUCACGCAGACACUCGAUCCAUCAGGGCAGUCUUAUCGGCACCAUACCCGUUGCCAAUCAUCAUAACCCGCUCGACCUCACAACCUGCUAACCAUCCUUCCGAUCAAGUUGACAAUGGAGGGCCAAGUCGCUCGACGUCGUCCUCAUUCCAUGAACACAGUCUCACUCCACCUUCGAGGCCAGUGGAAUCAGCGGCGCAACAUGGUUUUCCUUCUUGGAUCGAUGCUUGGUCUCAACCUUCACCGGCCUAUCCUCCUGUCCCAUACACCAGACGAGCUGCGAGUCAACCACCCAGUGCCGGUCUUGGAAAGGUUGAUUCGGGUGACAAGACAAAAGGAGACGGUGAUAUUGAGGAGGUGGCCCCUUUAUGGUCGUCAUUGCAAAGCGACGGUCUGCAUACACUGGAUAAUGGAGACGCCUUCUUCGCCUCCUUCUUUGGCGUCCCAAAUGACGACAAGCGGGAGAGUAUCGACCGACCCCUGACCGCACCGGCUGACCUCCCUAGAGCAGAGUCAGGAGUCGAGGCCUAUCAGACAUUGACUGAUCAAGCCGAUCACGUCAACAACGAUCUAACGUCCACACAUCCUGAAAUUUCAUGGGACUUUGGGGGUAUCUCCGUACCAGCCAAUCCGCUACCUCAUGACCACGGCUCUUCCCUGUACCCUUUCGCAGAAGAAAUAAUUGUGCCGUCAAUUCUCCUCCCAGGACUGACUACUGCAAACGGACGGCCCCUUAUGCCAAUAGCUCCAAGUGAGGAUGUCGGGUUGGAAAUGAUUCAGUCUUUUGCGGCGACUUCCAUCGCUGGCGAUGAGGACGAUCGCUCCGUCACACCUACCAGAGCCAACCCUCAUCCACGUACCCCGAAAGCUAGUCGUCAAGGUCGGCUCGGCCUUUCUCAUCAAGCCGUCGCCAAGAUACCCAUGUAUGACAUUCCCACACCGUCAUCUCGAGCAGGGUGGGAACAAGAUUCUGACGACGGCGAAGCGGAUGAGGAAGUGAGCAGAGCUGGUAGACAUCAUUCCCCACCUUCGGCACAGUUGGUCACACCCGAAUCACAUCAUCGUCCCGGAUUUUUCGGGGCUACCAAUAUCGCCCCUUUCACAUACUUUCCCAAAUCCAAAUCCUCCCGACGUCGACGGCCAUCUCAGGGUUCUGUAGCGAAUUUAAACGAGUUCGACAGUGAUGCGACUAGCACAGUGACGGUCGUUCGUGUCCCACGAGGCAAACUCAGCAAGGUCAAAACGCGUCAACACGUCGAGGACAAAAAACGAGAGCGAACGCCGACCCGAAGAGAGACAGAUGGACAACGUUCACUGCUCUCACCUCCCUCCUCCAAUAGGCCAGAAGCGUUCACGCAUCCACGGCAGGAGAAGCCUACACACGAUUCUUUGCCUUCACCGGCCCCAUUUCCACGACUCAUCAAUCAGCCAGUUGACCAUGUCAAGAGCUCACCCUCCCGGUCAAUGCCUCCCCCUCCUCUGCCCUUGAAGCCCCGAUUACCGCCGAAGACCAUCUUCAACUCUCAGUGGCAUGUCCCUCCGCCUCGUGCUGAAACUGAGCCAAAAGCUUGGACACCACAGCCUAUGUCUAUCGAUCCGCGUUCGGGAGAUGCACGAUACACCUCUUCUUGGCCCCACCCUCUGCCACCUCGAGAGGCAGGACCCGGCCAUUCAACAGGUCCACCUGGGACUUUAGACGUCCUCACUUUGGCAGGAUCACUACUCUCUGAUCCGUAUUUCCAACAACUCGCUCGUGAAGCUCAUCAACGACAGACAAGCGCAGGUGCUGGUGCAGGUCCCUCCUCGUUGCAACCUUGGCCCGAUGCGGGCCCAUCUGGUUCUUCUCGACCUGAUCGUUACAACUCCCCUCAAAGACAUCCAUCUGUACCUGUCAAAGCAUGUCACGACUUUCUCUUACAGAGAAGAAUUCACACUGCUCGUCGAAAACGGCAACGCAAACGAGAGCUAGAAGAGACAAUGGAGGGAAUGCCACUUCGGACAAUCAAAGAAUUACAAGCUCAAGUGGAGAAGAUGAUCAAAGAAAAGUUCGGGGUGAUUCGUCAAUUGGCGGGUGAUACAAUGGCGGGGGAGUAUGAAGAGAGCAUGGACGAAGAUGAGACAUCCGGAGAAGAAGAGAAUCAAGUUGGGGAAAAGCCAAUACAGCACACGUAUCAUUCUUUCCCUUCUCAUUUACGUUUCGAAUCACCCUCUCGGAGUCAGCACCCAAUACAUCUCACAUAUCAACCGAUGCCACCGAUCCAUUCUCAACCUCAAUCUCAACCCGGUCAAUCAAAAUACUUCCAGCCUCCAACAACUCAAUACGUACAAUAUCCCUCUCAACAAAGAGUAUACCUUCCCGAUCGACAAUUACAAGAACAACAAUCUCAACUUUCACCCGAACGUCGACAGCAAAGAGCAUGGACUACUGCGCCUCCUCAACCGCCUGUACGUUCCGGACCCAUGCAAAUGUCUCAACCUCCUGCUUUCCCUCCACAAAUUCGUAAUGAUGGAUCACCCAGUAGAUACCCCGGUCCGUCAAUGGUGAAUCGACAGAGUCAGCAGGCCAAGACGACGCAAGCUCCGAUGAUGAGAACAAUCGAUCCGCACAAGAUUCAAAAUUGGUCGAGUCAUGUGGCUGCCGCCGUUGCUCACAGUUCGGAAAGAAAGGCCAGUGGGGAGGAGUUGAACAAACCGCCGAGGAAGAGAAGAAGGUCAUUGAGUCAUGAUACUUUUCCGGCACCACAAGUCGAUUAUAGAGAUGAUGUUCGAGCAGGAAGUGUGGUCCCGGCGGAUGCGCCACCACCGGGAUGGAAGGGUAAGGGAAAGUUGUUGGAUCCGGUGGAGAUAGGAGGUACGUGGGAAAAGAGAUCAAGACAGGAGUAA